GUUUUAAAACAAUGACAUAUACAUACUGUAAUGUGCUGUAGAUGUUUGGUGAUUGCGUCUUGAUAUAAUAAAUCAUAAUAAAACAUCAUGUUUACGCGGGAGGUGAAAGGUUACAGUCAAAAUGGCGGCUCACACUGGAGCCGCGAACACACCGCUGAAAGAAGCCGGACAGUGAGGCUUUCUCUGCAUGUUUUCAUCCACGGCGACCGCAGCAAGCACUGUAUGGAUAUAUUAUCUGUUAUACAACACCGACUGCUAAUCACGGCCGACUUUUAUUUAUGGAUACGUCAGCUGUGGUUGCGAUAGAAACACUGUAACGGACAACAACCUCCGAGUACAGAGCGUUCACUACAGUCCUCCGUUACCAACGUUACAGUGCUGCUGGUCUAUGCGUCGUUAACGGUACAUCGAGCUAACGCUGUUGUUAGUGUCGCUUACUUCUACUUGUUGCAGUGUGAGCUUGCUGGAUGUUGAACUAGCAGCACACAGCUGCAGAGCAGGAAGCAUCACGGAGCUGUGUUAUGUUGAAACCUCAGUCAAACAACAACUACAAGACCCGAGGAUGAACAGGAAGAAGGAUAAAGGAUUUGAGAGCCCUCGCCCUUUUAAAUUGACCCACCAGGUGGUGUGCAUCAACAACAUCAACUUCCAGAGGAAGUCUGUCAUUGGCUACGUUGAGCUGACCAUUUUCCCCACAGUGGUCAACCUGAACAGGAUCAAGCUUAACAGUAAACAGUGCCGCAUCUACAGGGUGCGAGUCAACGAACUCGAAGCCCCGUUCAUUUACAAUGACCCCACGCUGGAGGUGUGCCACCAUGAGUCCAAGCAGAGGAACCUCAACUAUUUCUCCAGUGCCUACACGGCAGCAGUGAGUGCUGUGGACCCUGAUGCAGGACACGGGGAGCUGGUUAUCAAAGUUCCCUCUGAGCUCUGGAAACAAGGAGAUGAUUUAAAAGUUUUAAAGGUGUACAUAGAGUUUUCCCUGGAUCAGCCAAAAGGAGGUCUCCACUUCGUUGUUCCUGAUGUGGAAGGCAGCAUGGCGGAGAGAGGAGCUCACGUCUUCUCCUUUGGAUACCAGAACUCCACCAGAUUCUGGUUCCCCUGCGUAGACUCCUACUCAGAGCUGUGCACGUGGAAGCUGGAGUUCACCGUGGAUGCUUCCAUGAUAGCAGUGUCCUGUGGCGAUCUGGUGGAGACCAUCUACACCCAUGACAUGAGGAAGAAGACUUUCCACUAUGUCCUCCCCAUCCCCACUGCGGCCCCCAACAUCUCCCUGGCUGUCGGGCCCUUUGAAAUCCUUGUAGAUCCCUACAUGCAUGAGGUGACCCAUUUCUGCCUGCCACAACUGCUGCCGCUGCUCAAACACUCCAUGUCCUACCUACAUGAGAUUUUUGAGUUCUAUGAGGAGAUACUGACGUGCCGCUACCCUUAUGCCUGCUUCAAGACUGUGUUUGUGGACGAGGCCUAUGUCCAAGUGUCUUCCUAUGCUUCCAUGAGUAUCUUCAGUACCAACCUGCUCCACAGCGCUAUGAUCAUAGACCAGACGCCGCUGACACGUCGCUGUCUGGCCCAGGCGUUGGCUCAGCAGUUCUUUGGCUGUUUCAUCUCCAGGAUGUCAUGGGCUGAUGAGUGGGUGCUGAAAGGCAUCUCAGGCUACAUCUACGGCCUCUACCUGAAGAAGACCUUUGGAGUCAACGAGUACCGGCACUGGAUCAAAGAGGAGUUGGACAAGAUUGUGGACUAUGAACUAAAGAUGGGAGGAGUUCUGUUGCACCCGACCUUCACUGGAGGCAAAGAGAAGGACAAUCCAACUCCCCACCUUCACUUCUCCAUCAAGCACCCCCACACUUUGUCCUGGGAGUAUUACAAGAUGUUCCAGUGUAAGGCCCACCUGGUGAUGAGGCUGAUAGAAAACAGGAUCAGCAUGGAGUUCAUGUUGCAGGUGUUCAACAAGCUUCUGAGCCUGGCUAGUACUGCCUCAUCCCAGAAGUACCAGAGUCACAUGUGGAGCCAGAUGCUUCUGUCCACUCAUGCCUUCCUCAAAUCCAUCUCCAACGUCUCCGGCAAAGACAUUGGCCCCCUCAUCAAACAAUGGGUAGACCAAAGUGCCGUGGUGAAGUUCUUUGGCAGUUUUGCCUUCAAUAGGAAGAGGAACGUGCUCGAGCUGGAGAUCCGUCAGGACUACACAUCAUCUGGAACUCAGAAAUACGUGGGUCCCAUCAAAGUGACAGUGCAGGAGCUGGAUGGAUCCUUCAACCACACACUGCAGAUAGAGGAGAACAGCCUCAAACAUGACAUCCCCUGUCACUCCAAGAGCAGACGAAACAAGAAAAAGAAGAUCCCUCUGAUGAACGGGGAGGAAGUUGACAUGGAUUUAUCAGCCAUGGAUGCUGACUCUCCUCUCCUCUGGAUCCGGAUCGACCCGGACAUGUCCAUCCUGAGGAAGGUGGAGUUUGAGCAGGCCGACUUCAUGUGGCAGUAUCAGCUGCGCUACGAGAGGGAUGUAGUUGCACAGGAGGAGGCCAUCUCAGCACUGGAGAAGUUCCCAACUCCUGCCUCAAGACUGGCUCUGACAGACAUCCUAGAGCAAGAACAGUGUUUCUACAAAGUCCGCAUGCAGGCCUGCUUCUGUUUGGCCAAGAUAGCCAAUGCCAUGGUGAGCACGUGGCAGGGCCCGCCAGCCAUGAAGUCUCUGUUUACCCGGAUGUUCUGCUGUAAGAGUUGCCCCAACAUCGUCAAGACCAACAGCUUCAUCAGCUUCCAGAGUUACUUCCUGCAAAAGACAAUGCCCGUUGCCAUGGCGUUACUGAGAGAUGUCCAGAACCUCUGUCCUAAAGAUGUCCUCAACUUCAUCCUCGACCUCAUCAAGUACAACGAUAACAGGAAAAACAAAUUUUCAGAUAACUACUACCGUGCAGAACUGAUUGAAGCGCUGACCAACUCUCUGACCCCGGCCAUCAGCAUCAGCAACGAGGUGCGGACAGUGGACAAUCUGAACGGUGACGUCCGUCUCAUCUUGGAGGAGAUCACGCGAUUCCUCAACAUGGAGAAACUGCUGCCGAGCUUCAGAAACACCAUCACCGUCAGCUGUUUGAGUGCGAUCCGUCAGCUUCAGAAGAACGGUCAUAUUCCCAGCGACGCAUCACUCUUCAAGUCCUACGCUGAGUACGGACACUUUGUAGACGUUCGUGUCGCUGCGGUGGAGGCUCUGGUGGACUACACUAGAGUUGAAAGAAGCUCAGUGGAGCUGCAGUGGCUGCUCAACAUGGUCCAGAAUGACCCAUCUCAUUAUGUCAGACAUAAGAUCCUGGGUAUGCUCUGUAAGAAUCCACCUUUCACCAAGACAGCAGACUCAGCUCUGUGUAAUGAAGCUCUGGUCGACCAGCUCUGGAAACUCAUGAACUCAGGUACCUCCCAUGACUGGCGGCUGCGCUGCGACGCUGUGAACCUCUACUACGCAUUGUUUGGUUUGACACGACCCUCCUGCCUUCCCCUGCCAGAACUGGGCCUCGUGCUCAACCUGAAGGAGAAGAAAGCUGUCCUGAACCCCACCAUCAAGCCUGAGCUGGCGGUCAGCACUGUUGUGGAAACGCCGGCCAGUAUAGGCAUCCAUGGUGUGGGCAUGAGCUACAUAGUUGUGGAGGAUGAUGAGGAUGAGCCAGAUCCUAUUUCAUUAGGGGUGUGUGGGGUGGGCCAGCCCCCUCAGGGUCUGAAGAGGAAGGCUGAGACCCCGCUGGGCUCCCCUCCAGAACCAGGACAGGUACUGCGGCCACAGGACGAUGAUCCAAGAGGAGGGCGCUUCAAGAUCAGGUUCAACACGAUGGAAGAGGAAGAUAUCGAUAUGGAGACGGUUCAUGACAGUCAGGCCUUCAUUCACCAUCAUCUCAAUCUGUUAGAGAGACCCUCUACACCAGGUAAAGAGCCACCGUCGGUCGAACAGUCCAUGCUCUCCAUGCCUGCCACACCCGUUCCGGCCUUCUCCAAAGAGACCACCUCUUCCACCUCCAAACAUGGCAGCGAGCACGGCCACCACCAUCACCACCACCACCACGAGCACAAGAAGAAGAAGAAGAAGCACAAACACAAGCACAAGCAUAAGCACAAACACGAAAGCAAGGAUAAGGAGAAGGACAGAGAGAGGGACAACUCCCACGCCUACAGCAACAGCCCGGCCAGCGGCAGGUCGCUGCGCUCGCCGUCUUUUUCCGACUGAACAUCUGGAGGCGAGUUUGGUUUCCCAGUGCUGUUGGUUCAGUUACGGUUAACUGGAUACAUCCAUCUCGCAGUAGCAGGCUUGCAUCCCUGUGAGCACGGAGACACCAAAAUGGAAAGCAAAACAUGUUUAGUUUAUCUAAAUAUUCAUUACUCAGUGGAAUCAUCAGACCGGCAGUACGUCAUCCAAACGUCUACUUUAAACAAACCGCUAAUAGUAAUAACGCUAUGCUGUAGAGUUGCUGUGUAGUUGGUAUCAUGUACAAUAAAUCCAAAAACGCUGAUUUGUUCCCUUGCCGUGUCCAAAAAAAGAUCUAAUGGAGGGUCUUUAUGGCUCCAAGCUAUAGACCAGACCAGCAUGUCUUUAUGGCUCC